AUGGGUGGGGUAGCGUGGAAGAGCCCACAGUUGCCAGUAGUCAUGUUGUCGUGGUUGGUGCUGUGCGUACUCUUGCCGGCUUCUUCGGCGGAUCUCGAGCUGUCGUCCCAGGUCUCCGGGGAUGUCGUCCACUUCACGUUGGCCGCCAGGACCAGGGGCUACAUCGCUGUUGGUUUCUCACUCAACGGGAAGCUCUCCGGUUCAGAUAUAGUUGUCGGAUGGGUAGACGAUUCCUCGGGAGAAGGAAAUGUUCUGGACUGUCAUGGUGUAGAAGGCAGAUCUUCCCCACAGAAAGAUUCCACGCAGAACUACAAGCUCCUUGAAGCAAAACAGAAUGAAACUCAUACCGUAAUUAAAGUGUCAAGACCGUGGGACACAUGUGACCGAAAAGGAGAUGUUGUUUUGGUGAAUGAUACAAUGAGAUUAAUAUGGACAGUAAGCGAGGAUGAUCCUCGAAGGUUUGGAUGGGAUGCUAUUGAAUGGUCUGGACCUAGAGGUUUUCACAUCGGUUCUUCAAUUCAUCAGGAUGAUUUAGUUGGACACAAAUUUUGGGAUGUAAUCGCACAAGAUUUUACCCUCCCUACUGAUGUGCCAUCGUUUCAUUGGUGCAAAAUUUACAAAGUUCCUCAACUUUCAAAGAAACACCAUAUCAUUGGAUAUAAACCGAUAGUAGAAGAUGGGCACAGCGCCUUGGUUGCCAAGAUGGUCUUCUACGAGUGCCUUGGAGGGCCACAGUUUGAAAUUUUCGGAAGUCACCCUGGCGCACCUUGCCACGAUACUCAUACGCCAAAGGAAUGGACUGCCUGCCACACACCUGUCAUAGUAUGGGCUACAGGAAGCCAAGGUCAGUUACUACCACAACAUAUUGGACUCCCAAUGGCAGAAGGUGAAGGAAAAUCAACUUAUUUUAUGUUGGAAAUUCAUUAUGAUAACCCUGCUAUGCAAAGAGUAAGAGACAAUUCUGGAUUAAGGUUAUUCUACAGUUCAGAUCUUAGAAAAUAUGACAGCAGUAUUUUGGCCACUGGUAUAACACCAACUGGUGUUCAUAUUAUUCCACCAAAACAAAUAAAAUUCACCAGCAGAGCUUACUGUGACAACCAAUGUACAAACUUGAUGUUCCCCGAAACUGGAAUAAAAAUAGUUUCUGUUGGUUUUCAUACACAUUCAGCUGGAAGGCAAGUGCGUUUAAGGCAUAUUAGAGAGGGUAAAGAACUUCAGAUUAUUGCAGAGGAUAAAAAUUUUGAUCCAGGCUACCAACAACCGAAAAAGUUGCCAGAGGAAAUUACUGUAUUACCUGGAGAUGACUUAGUGACAGAAUGCAGCUAUACUACUCUCAAUCGCACAAGACUUACUUUGGGUGGUCAUGCAGUUAAGGAAGAGACUUGUAUGGCUUACCUCUUAUACUAUCCCAGGACUGCCCUGGCCAGCUGCACAAGUAUGACACCUGUUGAUUUCUUCUUUCAAACUUUCGGUGUAAAAGCUUUUUAUAACCAGAAUAUGGAAGAAGUUGAAAAAAUACUCUUGAAGCAAUCUGAAAAAAGGCCUCCUAAGCAUCCCAAGCCACCCACACAAAGCCUAUUCUUUAGGUUUAAUGAAAAGCAAGGUUUCAACAUUGAUGUCAAAAAGCCUUACAUCAACCUUGAAAAUGAUGAUGAUUCUAUCUUCUCAGAACUAGUCAUUGAGAAACCUGAAGAAUUUCAGAAUAGAAGUUUCAUGAGCCAUUUAAAGGAUUUACCUUGGGGUGAAACACUUUUUACUCAGAGGGUGGAAGAGAUAUUUAAUCAAGGAAAAUUCAGGACAUUCUGUCGACUUCAAGACAGUACACCUGCCAUGCCAAGUGGAAUAUACAACUUUCCUAAUGUCUCCUUUAUCAAUUCAACGAGAACAUACUCAUCAUGCAGGAAAGAAAGAGGGGAUGGUAGUUUUUAUGAUAAUGGUUCUGGAAAAGCAAGCUUGUCUCUUUCUCUAGUCUUUGUGAUGGCUACCUUUUACCAAAUUUUUUUAAACUGAUACUGCAAAAGUUCUAAGAAAUCAUCCGACACCAUUUAUUGUAAAUGAAAUUAUAGGAUUGGACACAAAUUUGGGAUAUUUGUCCAUUAGUAUCUGGUUGUAUCACAUCAAAUAUAAUUUUUUAGGAUCGAAUCUAAUUAUAUAAUAGUUUCAUCAAAAUUUAUCCCUGAAUUUGUACAAAUUUAAUCGUCCAAUGAUGACUUUUUUUCACCUUCUAGGAGUUUUUUUUUUGGCAUUUGAACAAAAGUUUAUUACAGUACCUAUUGUCGAGUUUGACUUUGAGAUUACUCCCUUAACUGCUUGCAAAAACAAACCAGUCUUACACAGAUGGAGACCUAAGUAAUUGAAAGUGCCAAUCAGUUGUCCUUCUAAAUAUAUACUAUUAUGUUUCUUUGCAUUUUUCCAUGCAAAAUUCAAAAUUUUUAUUUCAUUGAUGUUUAUGAUCAGUUUAUUGUUCCUGCAAUAUCCAUUUAGAGCAUUAAUUGUUUUUACAAGGUCAGUAUAGGAAAGAAUAGCCAUAUCAUCGGCAAACAAGAGAAACAAUAUUUCAACACAUUCGUUAGUAGGUAUACCUUGUCAGAUAUAUAUAUUGAUUAAUGGUUAAGUUUGCGAAAGUACCCCUCAGUAUCCGAUAAGAAAAAGAGCAUGAGACUCUGUGUCUCUUCCUUUAAUACACCUUCAGUAAUUUUCAACAUUUGUGACAGUCCUCCAGCGGUACCUUUUAUUAUUAUUUAUAUUAUUUGUAUGGGGUUCUUCCCUCAAAAUAAAUUAAUAAAAUAAAAUAAAUAAUCCUCCAAUGAACAGAUUAUUAUAUUAUUAUAAUAAGUAAUUAUUGUAUUGCUUGUGUUGCAAGCUUCCUAAGUAGUUGAGUAGAACUUUUAUUAAUUAGUACAAGAUUUUUAAAAUUUUUAAUCAUUCAGUAAUUUAUAUGGGUAGUGGUUACUGGUGUAAAUCAAUUUUUAACUGUCAAGGUUUUGUAUGGUCAAUCCUGAAUAUUUCAACCAUUAUCAUGCCAGAAAAUUUGUUUUAAAAUAUCCUUCAAAAUUACAAAUUUGUUGUAGUAUAAAGUAAAAUUUUAAUAAUAUCUUCUACUAAAAUUGAUAUUAAUGUGAUACAACCAUAUAUUUUUUUAGAAAUUACAGUUCUUUUUUAAUUAACUAGAAAAACAAAACAAUAAAUAGCAUUUUCCACCAUGAAAUGAUUUUUGGAUAAUGAAAGAUUAUUUUGAUUAUCUGUAAUCUUUCUCAAAAUUGAAAAUUUGUUAGUGUAAAUAAAUUCCUUGUUUGAUAAUUCUCCUCUUAAUCAUGGCUUUAAGUGCCAUUAAACUAAAAAUGACUAGUCUCUGUAGUUAUUAAUUAGUAUUUUACCAAAAUAUGAAUUUAAAAUUAUCUCUAAAUAAUUAGAGACCACAUGUACAUAAAAAAAGAAAACAAAUUAUUUAGAGUGGCCUUAAAACCAUAACUCUUGUCGAAAUGGAUGAUUAUAAUAAGUUUAUGAUUAUAAUCAUUCCAGAAUUUUAAAUCUUAUUUCAAACCAAUACUGAAAUAUGUGAUUGAGAAACAAUCUCUUUGAAAAAGAGAAAAUUUUAACGUCAUAAAUGGAUUUAAUUCUAAAUGAGAAACAGCUGUUAUGGUUUUUAACACAUUAUAUUUAUUUAUGAGCCAAAGACAAAAUCUUUGCACCACAUUAAUUCUAUUUUUACUAUAAGUUGUCCAUAUUUUAUGAAACUUAUUCCUUAUCUUCACUGCUUUUAAAUAUUAAAAAGUAAUUUGUAGCAAAUAGAUAUGUUUUAUAAUUAGGGACUUAUAUAGUUUAUAAGUAUUAUUAUAUAUUUAUAACUGAUUUGUGGGCUGUGAAAUUGAUCAUGUGGUAGUAGUUUAUGUCUAGUUAUAUCUUACUAUUUAUUGAAAAUAUUGUUUGACUUUAUAUUAUUAUUAUUAUUAUUUAGUAGAUUGCACAAGUAUUUGAUCUGUAAAUUAAUAAAUGUUUUUAUAAGUUUGCAU